UACUUGGGCCACCACACUGCAGAGCUUCGCAACCAAGCAAAGACCAGCGGCUCGUCGGCGGCUCCGAAUUCGGCGUUUCGAAGCGGAAAAACGCGGCGGAGAUGCGAUUUCCACAGUGAGAGUCGCUUCGGACGGGUGCGUCAUGGUCCUGCGGACGCUGUGCAGAAGGGCCAUCGAGGUCGGAGCCUUCGCUGCCCUCGUUUUUGUGCUCAUCGUCCACCAGGCGGAGGCAGCGGCUUGUAAAGGUUGCGCACCUAAUCAAGAAAAAUGCGAUUGCACCGGCAUCAAAGGAGAACUUGGUGCCAAGGGUAUAUCUGGCAUGCCAGGUCACGAGGGGCUCCCUGGUGACAUGGGUCCUGAGGGUCCCCCAGGAGUGAAAGGGGAAAAGGGUGCUUACGGAGAGUUUGGAUCGCAGGGUGAAAAGGGUCACAGAGGUGACACCGGCGUUCCUGGUUUUCCGGGCACACGUGGUAUGAUGGGUUUGCUCGGAGAUGCCGGUCCCAUUGGACCAGUCGGUCUGCCGGGUUGCAACGGAACUGAUGGACGACCUGGCCAACCUGGGCGACAAGGCAGACCAGGUGAUCGAGGUCUACCUGGCCUAGACGGAAUGAAAGGGCCCCAAGGAGACGCUGGCGAGGGCGGAAUCAACACAAGAACCACCAAGGGAGAAGCCGGCAUCCCUGGAAGGGCUGGUUUAGACGGCGAAAGAGGAUACAGAGGGUUUGAAGGCCUUCCCGGUAUUCCCGGGGAAGUUGGUGACAUGGGUCCUCCUGGAGCAGUUGGGUCACCUGGUCCGAGUGGAGACCCUGGUGACAUGAAUACUGGUGGGCCAGGCGCCAAGGGCGAUAAAGGUGAAACUGGAGAUCCAGGUCCAGUUAUCUACUAUAAUGAGAUUGAUCCACCUGUAAGGAAUUUCAAAGGAGUUAAGGGUGAUAAGGGCUACAAGGGAGAAAAGGGUUUGAAAGGCCUAUUUGGACCAACUGGCCCUCAAGGACCAAGGGGAUAUCCCGGCCAGCAGGGAUUUAAAGGAGCGAAGGGAUCACACGGUGAUGACGGACCUAGGGGAAAAACGGGAAAAGAAGGGCCUAUCGGUCCUUCCGGACCUAAGGGUUUCAAAGGAGCACCGGGAUAUUUGGGUCUGGAUGGACUCGACGGAAGCAAAGGAGAACAAGGAGAACCUGGACGGGUGGGCCGGCCUGGUGUUCAGGGAUAUGAGGGGCAACCUGGAAUUUAUGAUCCAUUUUUAGACGAGGAAGGACAAUUUGGUGUUGCAGGGCCACAAGGCCCCAUUGGUCUGCCCGGUCUGCAGGGUGCUAACGGUCUAAAGGGCAUGGAAGGUCUAAUAGGAAUACAGGGCCCACCAGGUGAACCCGGUGAUUCUGGUGUUCCUGGUCUUAGAGGUAUCAAAGGAACUUCAAUCAAAGGAGAAGCGGGUGACAAUGGCAUUCCUGGAGAUAUUGGACCUCAGGGCCUGCAGGGAAUCGAAGGCAUUCCAGGCCCUAAGGGUGAGAAAGGAUUUAUCGGCAUGGAUGUGAUUGGCCCAAAGGGAGUAGACGGCUCAGAUGGUCCCGACGGUUUCAUUGGGCUUGAAGGUGACAGAGGUGACCCAGGAGAUGGUGGACUAAAGGGCCAGCCUGGAGAUGGGGCAAAUGUCGUUGGUCCUCCUGGAGAGCCAGGGUUACCAGGGUUCCCUGGAGAUCCAGGUUUCAACGGUCUGGAUGGCUUUGAUGGGCCGAAAGGUAUCAAAGGAUUUAGAGGAGACGACUGCGGAUUUUGCCCAAAUGGGCGAGAUGGAGUGAAAGGUGACCUUGGCGACCCCGGACGAUCAGGACUUCAUGGUUACCCUGGAAAAUCUGGUUUACCCGGACCGCGAGGACCGAAGGGGCCAAAAGGAUUGGUAGGGCUCAAAGGGAUGCCUGGUUCUGUAGGGACUGAUGGUCAAAGAGGUGAGCCUGGCGACCCUGGCCCAACAGGUCUGGAUGGACAAGUAAUUGAUCUGCGCUCAAGUUUAAGAGUUGCUGAAACUGGGGACCAGGGAUAUAGAGGCCUUCCUGGUGUCCAAGGAGAACCAGGUGAUAGGGGUGAUGACGGGUACCCUGGAUUAAAUGGCUUACUAGGCGCGAGAGGAGAAAAGGGAAUUUUCGGUGAAGCUGGCAUUCCAGGAAGAGACGGCAGACCUGGUUUUGACGGUUUGAAUGGAGAAAAAGGAGAAGCUGACAACAGACUUGUCUAUGAACUUGUGGGUCCCCAAGGAAAUCCCGGUGAUAAGGGUUCAAAGGGGCCACGAGGUGAUCAAGGACCACAGGGUGAAAUGGGAUCAGUUCCCAACUUUAUUUUCGAUGUACUGGGAGAACCAGGAGAAAAAGGGCGGACAGGACCUUAUGGACCACGGGGAUUUCAAGGGCCAAAGGGUGAAAAAGGCGAAGUUGGAUUUGAAGGAAUGCCCGGCCUGAAGGGGCUGCCUGGGCCAACAAAACAGGGUGAGAGUGGUUUCCAAGGCCACCAAGGUGAAACAGGAGAUGAAGGCCCUAAGGGUCCAAGUGGUUCUCCUGGCCGAGAUGGUCGGCCUGGAAUCCCAGGCGUUUCUGGACCAAAAGGUGACCGUGGUGACCUAGGAUUGUCAAUUUUGGAGGGCGAAAGAGGCCUGCCAGGGCGACCUGGUCCUAGAGGAAUGGACGGUAACCCUGGUUUUGAUGGUAUUGACGGACGACCUGGGUCAUUAGGGUACACUGGUGAGAAAGGCAGUAAGGGUGCGCCUGGUUCAGCCGGGAUCUAUGGUCUUAGAGGCAGGAAAGGAGAAAGGGGAGAAGCAAGAGCUGGUCCUGAGGGCAGGCCUGGGCUGCCUGGGAAAAAAGGCUUAAGUGGUGUAUUUGGCUCAUUCGGUCUCCGGGGUUAUGACGGGAUGAAUGGCUCGAUGGGUAUCAAAGGUGUAAAAGGAGACGCUGGACGACCAGGGCCAGCUGGUCCCAAUGGUGAACCCGGAGAAUUUGGGUUACCAGGAUUUAAUGGUACCAAUGCAUUUGACGGGAGACCAGGAACUAUUGGCGACAGGGGUGACAACGGUUACCCAGGUAUCGAUGGAAGACCUGGAGAACCAGGCCGACCAGGUUUACCAGGUCCAAAGGGAUUUGUGGGUGACGAUGGUCGGAAAGGUCGUGACGGACAGUUUGGAAUGCCUGGUUUUAAGGGCAUGGCUGGUGAAACUGGAAUUCCUGGUGAACCCGGUCCACCUGGAGAUGAUUCUUUUAGUGGACCAAAGGGAAUGUCUGGAGACCCUGGUGAAACGGGUCCCAGGGGCUACUCAGGUAUCGACGGACUGGAUGGCCUAAAGGGAGAACGAGGAGACGACGGAAUAAAUCUGAAUGCAGACGAAGGCCCUAAAGGUCAACGCGGAGAUGCUGGAAUCCCUGGGCUAAUAGGCCUGUAUGGCUUAAAGGGAGAAAAUGGUGAACCCGGGUUUAACGGCAUCAAAGGUUUGAAGGGAGAUGGAGGCCUGCAGGGCUACGACGGUUAUUCGGGAACUCGGGGUAAAGAUGGCCGAAAGGGAGAACAGGGUCUUAUUGGUCCAAGAGGCCCUGACGGAUUUAAAGGGGAAGUUGGAAUGGAAGGAGACCCAGGAAUAUUCGGUCGACCAGGAAUGAAAGGCAACAGCGGUCCCGAGGGCCUAACUGGUGUGCAGGGUUCAAGAGGUCCUAAAGGCUUUGUCGGAGAACCAGGCAUUACACCGUACACUGAAGGGUCAAAGGGUGAACCUGGAGAAACGGGUCUCAACGGUCCGCUGGGAAAUAAGGGUGAAAGGGGGGAGCCCGGCCGAAUGGGUUUCCCUGGAGCUAUGGGUCCACAAGGAAGUCCUGGUUUCGCUGGCGUCACGGGUCUCCCUGGUGUUAUCGGUGUUAAGGGAGGCAAAGGCAUGACAGGAGCUCCAGGCCUUCCAGGUAUGGAGCCAAGAGACGUUGAAAGAGGUGAACAGGGUGAACCUGGUUUUGACGGGUUCCCAGGCCGACCAGGUCGUGUUGGUCAGAAGGGAAGCCCCGGAGAUUAUGGUGCCGAUGGUCCCCCAGGUCGUCAAGGGCCAAACGGAUUAUCUCUUACUGGUAUCAAAGGAAUAAUCGGUGACGUAGGCCUACCCGGGUUACCAGGAUACGACGGCCGCGGAGGCUCCCCUGGAAUUGAUGGAAGCCCUGGUUUCCCCGGCAUCAAGGGUCCACGAGGAGAACCUGGCCAAGCUGAUUUUGGCUUGAAGGGCAUGACGGGUGACGUUGGCUAUCCAGGCCGAGACGGUUACAACGGCCGAAAGGGAGAGCGAGGUACCCCAGGUCGAAACGGUACAUUUGGGUUGCAAGGUUUUCAAGGUGGAAGGGGCGACGACGGCGAACCCGGUGUGCAAGGCUUCCCUGGUGUAAGGGGUGAUAUGGGUGAAGAGGGCCCACCAGGAGAGCCUGCCAUCAUUCCGGAAGAUUUUUACCAGCCAAAUCCACCAGGCGAUCAGGGCGAUCGAGGGUUGCCGGGAAUGAAAGGUCCGAGGGGAUAUCCCGGUGAAAACGGGCUAUCUGGAUUUCCAGGCAUGAGAGGGGAAAUGGGAAUUGACGGUGUGCCCGGUCUGCCUGGCCUGGAGGGCCCAAGAGGCCGACCAGGAGACAGGGCGAGAGACGGAAUCCCUGGUUAUGACGGCAAACCUGGUCUGCCCGGAAUUCCCGGUCCUCCUGCACCUAAUGCCGCCGGCCCGAAAAACAGGGGCUUCUUUUUCACGCGGCACUCGCAGUCAGUGCUGGUGCCCGCCUGUCCCACCGGCACGGUUCGUCUCUGGGACGGAUAUUCACUACUCCACCUCACAGGAAACGCGAAAGCGCAUGGACAGGAUCUCGGUGCCCCGGGCAGUUGCCUGCGUCGAUUCUCAACCAUGCCGUAUCUAUUCUGCAAUUUGAACAACGUCUGUGACUAUGCUAGCCGGUCGGACUACUCGUACUGGUUGAGUACCUCCGAGCCGAUGCCCAUGACUAUGGCGCCCAUUCAGGCUCCUAAUGUCAAGAAAUACAUUUCAAGAUGUUCCGUUUGCGAAGCACCAACCAGGGUGUUGGCCGUCCACUCUCAAACAAUGGUUCUCCCAAGCUGUCCCAACGGCUGGGAAGAAAUGUGGAUGGGCUACAGCUUCCUAAUGCACACUGACUCUGGAGCAGAGGGCAGUGGCCAGUCUUUGGUCUCUCCUGGCUCAUGUUUGGAGGAAUUCCGAGCAGCUCCUUUCAUUGAGUGCCAAGGCAUUGGUCGAUGCAAUUAUUAUUCCACUGCCUAUUCCUACUGGUUGGCCACUCUGGAUGACAUGGACAUGUUUAGAAGACCCCGACCACAAACUCUGAAGGCAGCUGAUUUGACUAAACGCGUGAGUCGCUGCGUCGUGUGUUUGAGGAAGACACCAAACCGAUCACCACCUGUACAAUUGCCACCAGUGAACAGAGCGCAACCCGACUUCCGAGCGUUUGAAGCGCCUCAGCCAACGCGCAGACGGCGGCCGCAGAGCAAUAGGAGGGGCAACAACGAUGAUUUCAGGGGCUAAAAUUGGGUCACGUGAUAUCUUCUCAAAAAGAGCUGUUUAACAGUUUGGAAAAUUUAAAUGGUGGCUCCUAAGGAACUCUGCAAAACUGUUUGGAGCAUUUUAAGUCUUUAAUCUGUGUUCAUAAAAGUUACUAUGCCAAUAACUUUGAUCAGCUGCCGCAUUUUAAUUAAAUAAUUUAAGUAUAGAAAUUAUAGCUUGUAAUUUAUCUGUUUUAAUUAUUUUUAGAUUCUAAAAUUGGUAAUUUUGAACCCUGCAUAGAGCGUAAUGGAGCGUAACAAUUAUGAAAGUUUCCAAACAACUCCCAAAGUUAUAAGUUUAGAAUGCCUGAUUAUUUUGUUAUGUAAUUUAAUUAAAAUUAGCUUAUAGUCAACCAGUACCAUUAUAAAUGUAUUUUAAUGUAUGAUUCAUAAAGGAACUCAAGAGUGUGUUCGCCACGUUAGCUAUCCUGUCUUCUACUCUGCUCUCAUGAUCAAUAAAUUAUUUCAACUGCGCAGCGAUAAUUUUUAACUCUGGCAAUAAAAAAGUAAUGUACUUUAGAUAA